UGUCUCCUGCAGGCUCCAGAGACGACGAGUCCAGCUGUGGGAGACCUCUGGGGAUCAGAGUUGGACCCAACGGGACUCUGUUUGUAGCCGAUGCUUACCUGGGAGUGUUUGAGGUCAACCCCACCACAGGUGAGGCGACCCGGCUGGUGGCGGGCGGUCAGGUGGUGGCGGGCAGGAAGCUGUCGUUCAUUAAUGACGUGGCGGUGACGCAGGACGGGAAGAAGCUGUACUUCACGGACUCCAGCAGCAGGUGGCAGCGCAGAGACUACCUGCAGCUCAUCAUGGAGGCCACGGCGGACGGACGAGUGUUGGAGUUCGACACGGAGAGCCGCGAGCUGACGGUGCUGAUGGAGAACCUCCGAUUCCCAAACGGGAUCCAGCUGCUGCCCGACGAGGAGUCUGUGCUCGUGGCUGAGACCACCAUGGCCCGGAUACGCAGGUACACACACCUGAACCUGAACCUGGCACCUUAAACCUUAAACUUCAA